AUGACAACCAUACGGGUCCUUCUAGCCUUUGCAGCAAGUAGAGAGUGGAAGGUAUGGCAGCUAGAUGUGAAGAAUGCCUUCUUGUACGGCACCAAGGGCAUGGUACGGAAAAUCGCUGAAUUUCUCGUACAGAGUGGUUAUACACCUGCUACCGCAAACUCAAGCCUAUUUGUUAAAAAUAAUGGAGACAAGAUAGCUACAGUCCUAGUAUACGUAGAUGACCUCAUCAUAACCGGAGACCUAGUUGAAGAAAUCAGCCGAACAAGGGAGAACCUAUCAGUUCGGUUUCAGAUGAAGGAGCUAGGAGAAUUAAAACAUUUCUUGGGGCUCGAGGUCGAGAAGGUUAGAGAAGCUAUGUUUCUCUGUCAACACAAGUAUGCAAGAGAAAUCUUAGAAGCAAACAAAAUUUUAAACUGCAAACCACUCCUGACGCCUAUGGAGCCAAACAACAAGUUGCGUAUAGGGGAAGGAAAGGACCUCAAAGAUACAAGAAUGUAUCGACAACUUGUUGGAAGUCUUCUGAAUCUGACCCUCACUCGACCCGACAUUGCAUAUGCGGUUGGAGUAGUGAGUCGUCAUAUGCAGAACCCAAAGAAGCCACACUUGGAAGCUGUCAAGAGAAUCCUUCGAUAUGUGAAGGGUACUCUAGACUAUGGCAUCCUUUAUCAAAAGGGUGGAGAAUGUCAAGUGGUUGGCUACUGUGAUGCUGACUACGCUGGAGAUUAUGACACAAGGCGGUCAACAAUAGGUUUUGUCUUUAGCAUAGGAUCAGAAGCCGUGUCGUGGUGUAGCAAAAGACAACCUACGGUGUCACUCUCAACAACUGAGGCAGAGUAUAGGGCGACAACUAUGGCUGCGCAGGAGAGCACGUGGAUGACACAUCUAUUGAAAGAUCUUCAUCAACCAGCCGGACAGGUAACACUUCAUUGUGACAACAGGUCAGCAGUUUGUCUGGCAGAAAAUCCAGUAUUUCACGCAAGGACCAAACACAUCGAAGUACAUUAUCACUUUAUUCGAGAGAAGGUCCUGCAAGGCUAAAUCCAAAUGAAGCUAACACCGACGGAAGAGCAAGUUGCAGACAUCUUCACAAAAGGACUCAGUACGGGCAAGUUCCAAGACAUGCGAGAACAACUUGGAAUGUGCAGCAAGUCAGCGUUGAGGGGGAGUGUUGAUGAUCAACGCUGAGGCCCAAGUUAUUAAGCCCAAGUCUAUUAAGCCCAAGAUCAAGAGAAUUCUAAAAUAAUAAAGAAUGAAAAUAUUUUGGAAUAAUAAUCUAGAGAAUGAGAAAAUAUCUCAACUCUAGAAUGUGCUCUAAAAAUAUCUAAGUAUAAAUAUCUUAAAUCUAGAAUUUUCUUAGAAAAUAUCUUGUACCUAGAUAGCUCCAUUGGAGUAGUAUAAAUAGGUGGUCACGGCAUGAGUGUAGGUACCAAGCAAGAGAGCAAGUAAGGGUUCCAAGUAGUGUCCUCUUCUAAAGUAUUGUAGUGAUAGGUUAGAGGGUAGAAAAUUAUAAGUAGUAGAGGUUUAAGAGUUGUAAAAAUAUUUGAGAGUAUAAUAAAAUUUAGUUCAAAUAUAGUGCCUUUACUCAACAAAUUAAAAUUUUCAUAUGUGUUGAGACAAAUAUAUGUAAUCUUCCAACAACUACUUAUAUAUUAAGGAAUAAUCUGGUGUUAACUUUGGUAAAAUUAUUCUAUAUGGCAAUUGUGAUAUAUUACUUAUA